GCCUCGGGGAAGCGGUCCCGGAACAGCGACGCCAGGAGCCCUUCAUCCUCCACCUCGCCGAGAGCCGCUGCCGUGGCCCUGGCCGUGGCCGAGGCCGUGGCUGACGAUGGGGCAGUCGCCGCGGUAGCCAUCUUCCCCGCAACAACGUCACUUCCCCUCCGGACCACCGGGGGCGCUGACUCCGAAUUUAGGACAGGAAGAAACAGGACCAUUUCCGGUCUCUAUCUUUUCUCAUCCAGUCGGCUUGCUUUCCCCGGCGGUCGUCCAGACUAUUGGGCGCUGGCGAGAGGAACUAUUGGUACGGGGCUAGAGAGGAAGGCUUCGGGGUUGCCGGGGAGCAGCAAGCGGCCGACUUCCGUUUCCGCUUACGGAGGCACGAGGAUCCGGUGUUCCAACCCACGGAGAAAAUGCGGCCUUUGACUGAAGAAGAGACCCGUGUCAUGUUUGAGAAGAUCGCGAAAUAUAUCGGGGAGAAUCUUCAGCUGCUGGUGGACCGGCCCGAUGGCACCUACUGUUUCCGUCUGCACAACGACCGGGUGUACUAUGUGAGUGAGAAGAUUAUGAAGCUGGCCGCUAAUAUCUCCGGGGACAAGCUGGUGUCGCUGGGGACCUGCUUUGGAAAAUUCACUAAAACCCACAAGUUUCGGUUGCACGUCACAGCCCUGGAUUACCUUGCACCUUAUGCCAAGUAUAAAGUGUGGAUAAAGCCUGGUGCAGAGCAGUCGUUCCUGUAUGGGAACCAUGUGUUGAAAUCUGGUCUGGGUCGAAUCACUGAAAAUACUUCUCAGUACCAGGGCGUGGUGGUGUACUCCAUGGCAGACAUCCCUUUGGGUUUUGGGGUGGCAGCAAAAUCUACACAAGACUGCAGAAAAGUAGACCCCAUGGCGAUUGUGGUAUUUCAUCAGGCAGACGUUGGGGAAUAUGUGCGGCAUGAAGAGACGUUGACUUAAAACGAAGUCACUGCAAGGACAGGCGGCUGUGUGGAAGGGCCGAGCUUUGUUUCCUGUGUUUGUGUGGACUCCACCAUCAUCUUGAAUUUUGUCAACACUCUGACCUCUUCAGGGACUUCUUAUUUACUGUACUCUCUAUCAUUGACAAAUGCAGGCUGGAUUCUUAUUAUAUACAGAGAGAGCUCAAAAAUGGGGUUUCAGAUCUUUGUGUUUGUGAUGAAAUAGAAUACUCUGUUUCAUAUUUGAAUCAGAGGGCUUCUUGUUCUGAGAAAUAGGUUCAAAAUCAUUGGAACUAGGAACAAGAAUAGCUUAUUGUUAUCUGUGAUAACACUUUGUUUUCUAAACUCAUGAUAAGAACACAGGGAUUGGCCGGGCGCGGUCGCUCACGCCUGUAAUCCCAGCACUUUGGGAGGCCGAGGCGGGUGGAUCACGAGGUCAGGAGAUCGAGACCAUCCUGGCUAACACGGUGAAACCCCGUCUAUACUAAAAAAAAAAAAUACAAAAAUUAGCCAGGCGCGGUGGCGGGCGCCUGUAGUCCCAGCUAUACUGGAGGCUGAGGCAGGAGAAUGGCUUGAACCCGGGAGGCGGAGCUUGCAGUGAGCCGAGAUCGCGCCACUGCACUCCAGCCUGGGCGACAGGGUGAGACUCCGUCUCAAAAAAAAAAAAAAAAAAAAAGAACAGGGAUUGUCUUUUUUAUUAAUAUGCAAGAUAGAUAUUUCCAUAACAGAAUAAUAAACCACAUGUGGGGUUUUAAAAAUGAAAUUUGUCUAAAAUAAUAAGAGCAAUUCAGCUAUUUUUCUAUACGGUAAUUGGUGUGUGGUAUGGAAGAAAAAUGUAUUCAAACCCCACUACUGCCACCUACCAGCUGUAUGGCCUUGAAUGAGUCAUUCAGCUUUAAUAAGGUUCGUUUUCUUCUGUUUAAAAAGAUACAAAACUUAAAAAAUAGCUUUGGCCAUCUACCUGAGAAUUAGAAAUUCUGAUUUUUGGAAUUAGAAAUCAUGAUUGUAGGCUGGGCACAGUGGCUCACGCCUGUAAUCCCAGCACUUUGGGAGGCCAAGGUGGAUGGAUCACUUGAGGUCAGGAGUUUGAGACCAGCCUGGCCAACAUGGUGAAACCCCAUCUCUACUAAAUAUAAAAAAAUUAGCCAGGUGUGGUGGCACAUGGCUGUGGUCCUAGCUACUUGGGAGGCUGAGGCAGGAGAAUGGCUUGAACCGGGGAAGCAGAGGUUGUAGUGAGCUGAGAUGGUGCCAUCGCAUUCCAGCCUGGGUGACGGAGUGAGACUCCGUCUGAUUGUAAAGCAUCUAGUACGGUGUACAGUGCCUGGGAAAUGAUAGGUGUGGAAUAAAUGGUAAGAAUUAUUUUUAUAUUAUAUAUAUUAUGUAUUCCUGUUAUUAAGUGUAGAGUUUUAUGAGUAUAAUUUGAUUAUAUUACCUUCUUUUUUACAAGCUGUUUUCUCAGUAUUUUUCUUGGAUGGGAUGAUCCUAAGCUGGAAUUUUUUUUCAUCACUAUGAUUUUAUAAAACAUAAUUUUUUCUA